AAGACAAACUGUACGUGAAAUUAACAUUAAAUAAUUCUAGUAAAUUCAAAAAAUCCUAACUGAUAACUGAAAUAGUGCAAUAAGACGAUUAAUGCACUAUCUCCCUGUACGGAAGCUUACUUUCUUCUGUUUACAUCAUUAAAAUGUUCAAUAGAAUUGACAUAGCCGGACAUUUCAUUUUGCCUAUCGGGUCAAAUAAGUUUGUGACACUCUUUGAAUUUAGAUGUCAUUGUCAAAAUAUUAAGAUAAAGAAUUGACAGACUGAUAACUGAUAAAAACAAAAACUAAACCACCCAACUCAACAUCCAGCAUCCACUUCUUAAUUUAAAUUUAUAAAUUACCGACACCGAAUGUCACACUGUUUACUAUUUUUUAUUGUCUUUUUUUAUGUUUCUUUAACUAAAUCCCAGAUGCAUGCCUGUAUCCUGCAAUUAUAAAUCUGUUGUAUAAGCGUUCAUGCUACCUUUUACUUGACUUGAUGACCUUCAGAUUAUCAUAAUUUGCUUCGAGGCCACAUAAAUAUAAAUAUUAUUGUGAAUAAACUUAAACUUUAGUUUUAAACAUGCCCGUCAUAGAUCGUCACUAAUUUCUUGCGUUAUAAUCACCCGACUGCCCCGUUUAUCGUAUAUUAUGGGAUCAACAAUGAACUGUUUGAUAAAUAUUGUGUUCUGCAUUAUAAUUACAACAAAUCUACGUGUUAUUCAGACUAAUUUAGUCGAACAGUGUUCUAACAUUAAUGAAUUGAGGCUAAGUGACCUUAAGAGUAUUAGCAAGUCCAUUAUACCUGAACUGGAUGGCAAAGGUAAAGGGGAAGCUGGUAAAAUUGGCAUUAUUGGCGGAUCUGUAGAAUAUACUGGAGCUCCCUAUUUCGCCGCUAUAUCAGCAUUAAGGGCUGGAGCUGAUCUAGUAUAUGUCAUAACCACAGAGAAUGCAGCCCCCAUUAUAAAAGCGUAUAGCCCAGAUCUUAUUGUUUACCCUUUUCUUAAUUCAAAUUCUGCAUCAAAGCUGAACUAUAUCCUAUCAAAAAUGGACGUCAUUGUCCUUGGACCCGGAUUAGGUAGAGAAGAUGAGGCUAUACAUUUAGCUCAUGAAAUAAUGCAAACAUGUAAAUCUUUGAAGAAAGCAAUGGUUAUUGAUGCUGAUGGUUUAUUUGCAGUAUAUCAGAACAUCUCUAUUUUAAAAGAUUACCCAAGUCCAGGUGUUAUACUUACUCCAAACAAAAGAGAAGCAAGUCGGUUAAUGCAAGCUGUUCAGGCAAAGAAUUUAUCUUGGUACGAAUACUGGGGUAACAAUGUGUCAGUUUUAGCGAAAGGAGAAUAUGACACUUUUCUUUCAAGUGUGGGCGCUGUUAAAUGGUCGUCAAACGAAGGUGGCUCUAGUCGUCGAGCUGGCGGUCAGGGCGACAUUUUAUCUGGUAGCUUAGGGACAUUUUUCAAUUGGGCUUUAAAAACAAAUUACUUUUGUACAAAAGGAAAAAUAAUACCAUUUUCACAUAGUGUUGCAGCUUAUUCCGCUGCUAGGUUAACAAGGUCGUGCAAUUCAAGAGCUUACAAGAUUUACGGACGAAGUAUGAUAGCUUCAGAUAUGUUGAAAGAAAUACAUAAAGCAUUUGAGGAGCAAUUUCUUUGAAUCCAUUUAUUUAUAUAAAUUCAUUAAAAUAAUAUAAGUAGCGGCAAAGUUU